AUGACAAGGACUUACGAUCAGGAACUGGCGUUUCUGGAGAAGAUCACUCCGACAUGUUGGAAGAUCAAAAAAGGUUUUGUCCCAAACAUGAAUGUAGAAGGUGUUUUCUACGUUAAUGAUUUUCUUGAAAAGCUUAUGUUUGAUGAACUACGAAAUUUUACUCGUAGUGGAGAUUAUGGUGGGUUUUUACCUGGAAUGAAACAAAUAGGAAAUGUUGCAGCAUUACCUGGGAUCGUCCAUCGUUCAGUCGGCUUACCUGAUGUACAUUCUGGAUAUGGUUUUGCCAUUGGUAAUAUGGCUGCAUUUGACCUAACCAAUCCGAAAUCAGUGGUUUCACCUGGUGGUGUUGGAUUCGAUAUCAAUUGUGGAGUCCGACUUAUACGCACUAAUCUGAAUUUAAAAGAUGUUCUUCCAGUGAAAGAAAAACUAACUCAAACUCUGUUUGACCAUAUUCCUGUUGGUGUUGGUUCCAAGGGUAUCAUACCGAUGGACGCUCAAGCCCUGGAAGAAGCUUUAGAAAUGGGUAUGGAUUGGUCAUUGAGACAAGGCUAUGUCUGGGCGGAAGACAAAGAGCAUUGUGAAGAGUAUGGUCGUAUGCUUCAGGCUGAUCCGUCUAAAGUUUCUUCAAGAGCUAAAAAACGUGGCCUUCCGCAACUUGGGACUCUUGGAGCUGGUAAUCAUUAUGCUGAGAUACAGGUUGUGGAGGAAAUUUUCGAUAAGCAUGCAGCAACUAAAAUGGGCAUCAACCAUUUAAAUCAGAUAGUAUUAAUGAUUCAUUGUGGCAGUCGAGGGAUGGGGCAUCAAGUUGCAACAGAUGCCUUAGUUGCCAUGGAAAAAGCAAUGAAACGUGAUAAAAUCGAGGUAAAUGACCGCCAGUUGGCCUGUGCACACAUCAAUUCGGAAGAAGGUCAAGAUUAUUUGAAAGCAAUGGCAGCAGCUGCCAACUAUGCCUGGGUUAAUCGAUCUUCGAUGACAUUUCUUGCGAGACAGGCUUUUGCGAAAAUUUUCCAUUCUUCACCGGAUGAUUUAGAUAUGCAAAUUAUCUAUGAUGUAUCUCAUAAUAUUGCUAAAGUCGAAGAGCACUGGGUAGAUGGCAAGAUCAAAACUUUACUGGUUCAUCGCAAAGGAUCUACUCGAGCGUUUCCACCCCAUCACCCUUUAAUUCCUGUUGAUUAUCAGCUUACCGGGCAACCUGUACUUAUUGGCGGCACGAUGGGUACUUGUAGUUAUGUCUUAACUGGUACUGAAAAAGCAAUGACUGAAACUUUCGGUUCUACAUGUCACGGUGCUGGUCGUGCGUUAUCUCGAGCUAAAUCCAGACGUAAUCUUGACUAUACAGAUGUUUUAGAACAAUUACGAGAAAAAGGCAUAUCGAUACGCGUUGCUUCACCUAAACUUGUAAUGGAAGAAGCUCCAGAAUCUUAUAAAAAUGUAACAGAUGUGGUAGAUACCUGUCAAGCAGCUGGAAUAAGUAACAAGGUGCUCAAAUUACGUCCGAUUGGAGUAAUCAAAGUAAAAGCAGUAAUUACCUUUGGACAAUCAUCACUGUCAGUUAUGAAUAUUCCGGACACUGAUGAAGAUCUCUUUGGCAUUGAUACUAAAACAUUAGACAAUAUACUUGAAGAUCGAGAUGAAAUUAUUAACAAUGAAAGUAUCCCAGAACUUAUUCCAGAUAAAUUAGAUCAUUUUCAAAAACCAUUCUUAUUGAUAGAUCGUCCUUAUUCAUCUACCGCCUAUGAUCGUAUUCGUGCAGUGUUCUCACCAGAUCCUAUGUUACGUGAGCGCGAAUUGAAUAAACUUGGUCGAACAGCACAAACAAUUCCUCUGUAUCUUGGUAUUUCUAUUGGAGUGAUUACAGGUGCAAUGCGUGGAGUUGUAUCGUAUGAUGAAUUUCUACGUGAAAAUAGAUAUAGUGUGUUUUCAACGCAAAAAGUAGCUAUGCGUUAUGCCGUUAACCAUAGUUUACUUCAAGGCAUGGUAUUCGGAAUUUCUACUUGUUGCAAAGUGACUAUAUUUACUGGUGGAUGUUAUACUUUGCCGUUGCUGUUCUCCGCAAUUCAGGGGAAAACAAGCUACUGGGAAUACGCUGCAGGUUGGGGGAUCACAAGCUCGUUGUAUUGCUUCAAUCGUGGAUUUAAACGAAUGCUUAUAGCAGGAAUGAUCGCUGUUGUGCCUGGUCUGGUUGUGGGUGCUUCCACCAUGUUAGCAUAUCGUAUGUCGAAUUCAACUUUUGAAGAAUUAUACGCAAAGCACUUAGCUGAAAAUAAAAAAAUUUAA